AUGGGAAAAUCCCUUUCUCACCUGCCGAUGCACACAAGCAAGGAAGACGGCUGUGACGGAGUGGCGCCGUCUGACAGCAUGAGGAACAGGUUAGUUCACUCCGAAUCGCACAACGACGACAGCAGGUGCGGGGACGUUUCGCAGUUUCCCUACGUGGAAUUUACGGGAAGAGACAGCGUCACCUGCCCGACUUGCCAGGGAACAGGGAGAAUUCCACGAGGGCAGGAAAAUCAGCUGGUAGCAUUAAUUCCAUACAGUGAUCAGAGACUGAGGCCAAGAAGAACAAAGCUCUACGUGACUGCUUCUGUAAUUGUGUGUUUACUGCUUUCUGGGCUGGCCGUAUUCUUCUUGUUUCCUCGCUCGAUUGACGUUGAAUACGUUGGUGUGAAGUCAGUAUAUGUCAAUUACGAACAGGGUAGACGUAUAAUAUAUCUAAAUAUCACGAGUACUCUAAAUAUAACAAACAACAACUAUUAUUCUGUUGAAGUGGCAAAUAUCACAGCCCAGGUUCAGUUUUCGAAAACGGUUAUUGGCAAAGCACGGCUAAACAACAUCACCAACAUUGGUCCUCUGGAUAUGAAACAGAUUGACUAUAUGGUGCCUACAGUCAUACAAGAUGAAAUGAGCUACAUGUUUGACUUCUGUACUUUAGCGUCUAUCAAGGUGCACAACAUAGUAGUGAUGAUGCAAGUGAUGGUGACAACCUCUUACAUCGGUCACUCUGAACAAAUAUCCCGCGAGAGAUACCAGUAUGUGGACUGUGGAGGAAACACAACCUACCAGCUGGGCCAGUCAGAGUAUUUAAAUGUCCUUCAACCUCCACAGUAGAAGCACCCGCGGGUUGGUGUGGAAUGACUGCUGCUGGUGCUUGCAGAGAUCCUUUGAACAGGACUGGGACUGCGGGAAGGGGAGAGUGUGCACGUGUAAAGCCGAGUGAACAUGGUGACCUGUUCGCUUCAGAUGUGAGGAGGGAAAAGGUACAAAAUGUACAUAGAUGCACUUGUUCAAUGUUGUGUUUUCCCCUUCUGUUUGCUUUCUCUUACUGUGAGCACUUCUGUGAGGUUGCGUGGUGGGAGGGCGAGGGGGAAUAUCAGAUUCUUAAACUGAAUUGGGACCUUUCCUUACAGCGUGGUACAUGAACUUAGAGUAACUGUGUAUGUCUGUGUUUAGGUGAAAUGUCACUAAUGAGCAUUUUAGAAAAAUCAAUACUUGUAAAUUUUGAGUUUAUAUUUCACUUGUUGAUAGUUGACUGUUGAUACUGGCAGUACUACU